UAUAUAUAAAGAUAAAAACUCAAACCUCUUCAAAUUUACUAACAUUUGAUUUGCCAAAUAGAUGCAUUCACGGUAAUUCCUAUGAAAGAAAUAUGUCUGUUUUAUGUGAAUUACCCAGUCGAGCAAUGGAUUAUGAAGAAGAUGAUAUAACAGAUUUAAUCUCUCCACCUGACUUUCUUCAAAAGGACAAGAAUGAUAGUUUUUACAGAAAAACAAAACGAUCUCCGUUUAUGUCAAAUCUUGGUAGUCCUUCACGACUUCAUCCUGUCAAAAGAUUUAAACAAUCUUUGUCGUUCGGGGAUAUGAUUUGUGAUCAGAUUAUUGAACCGGAGAUAGUUGUAAAUGACAUAUCAGGCGACAAUGAUAUGAUAGGAGACGGGAGUCGACGGUAUGCCCUUCGUGCAAUGACAGGAAAAAACCCUGACCUAAAGACUAUCUCGCAUGAUACUAUGUCAAGCGUUAUAAAUGGUAGUUAUGAUGACGUUAUAUCCCGUUAUCGUAUCAUUGACUGCAGGUACCCCUAUGAAUAUGAAGGUGGGCAUAUCAAGAAUGCAGAAAAUAUUUAUACAAAAAAUGGAAUAAUAGAAUUCCUAGAAGAUAAUUGUGACGUAACGAAAAGACAAGUGCUCAUUUUUCAUUGCGAGUUUUCAUCAGAAAGAGGACCCAAGCUUUGCCGAUUUCUCCGUAAUAUAGACCGUCAACGAAAUAGCUACCCGCUCUUAACCUUUCCUGAAAUGUACAUUUUAGAGGGAGGCUACAAACAGUUCUACCAAAACCAUAAGGAACUAUGUGAACCAGUUGACUAUGUCCCCAUGCUACACAAAGACCAUGUGGAUGACAUCAAACGAUUUCGGUCUAAAUCUAAAUCGUGGACUGCUGGAGAGAAAAAGAAAAUACCUUUCUGUCUGUAUUCCUGAUGACCUUUAUACAACCAAGUGAUCCAAAAGUUCGCUCACCUGAACUUCAAACCAAAUGAAAGCAUCGCCACUAAAGUUCGUUCACCUGAACCACGAACCAAAAAAGGCAUUUAGUGCAACAAAUCAGUGUUCCAAAAGUUCGUUCACCUGAACUGCAAACCAAAUGAAAGCAUUACCACUAAAGUUCGUUCACCUGAACCACGAACCAAAAAAGGCAAAUCAGUGUUCCAAAAGUUCGUUCACCUGAACUUUAAACCAAAUGAUAGCAGUGUCACUAAUUAGUGAUUGGUCAUUAUCAUCAUAUUCAUUUGCUAUCAAAUAUGAUGGUUUAUUCUUCAGUAAGGAUAUUAUGAGAAUGUAAAAAUCAGCUUCUCAAGUUAAAGAUAUAUCUAGGGAACAAGAAAGUUACGACACGAAUCGCCAAAUCCGAGGUUGCUGAAAACCAGUCUAUAAUAAGGAGUUCGAUAAAAAAACUUUUAAAGACAAGAAAACGAGCUUAUUUAAUAGAAUGACAGCACAAAUUUAGAAGUUUCAGUUAUGAAACAAAAGUUAUGAACUAGAACUUUUAUAUGAUAAUACAGUUCUUCCAUCAUGAAAUCAGACAUGUUCCUUUUUACACUUUUCAUGCUCAAGUAAACUUUAUCAUGUUUUAUUAUAUAAAUAUCGAAAUUUCGAGAUAAAAUUGUUUUCAAACCCCUUUCACAGCCUUAAACUUUUCACAAUACUAGUAUUUCAUUUAUCCUAAAAAUUACAUUACAAAAGAAUAAAAAUAUCCAACAAAGAUCAAUGUCAUCCUGACACUUAACUGCAAAGGUGUUUAAAACGGAAGAUCUGCAUGUAUUGCAAAUUUAAGAAUGUACAUACUAUACAGUUUGAAGUGGACUAAACAUACUCUUGUUAUGAUAAGUUCCCUGACCAUCUUGAUCAUGAAUUAUGUGUUCCAUAUGCAACUG